AUGGCCACGAGGCGUUUAACCGACGCUUUCUUGUUGUUGCGGAAUAAUUCCAUCCAAAACCGGCAGCUGUUAGCCGAGCAAGUGAGUAGUCACACCACCUCCAGCCCUCUGCAUUCACGUAGCAUUGCUGCGGAGCUGGAUGAGCUCGCUGAUGAUCGCAUGGCUCUGGUGUCAGGCAUUAGCUUAGACCCAGAAGCCGCAAUUGGUGUGACAAAGCGGUCCCCUCCUAAAUGGGUGGAUGGAGUGGAUGAAAUACAGUAUGAUGUUGGGCGGAUUAAACAGAAGAUGAAGGAGUUAGCGAGCCUUCAUGACCAGCACUUAAACCGACCUACCCUGGAUGACAGCAGUGAGCAGGAGCAUGCCAUCGAGAUAACCACACAGGAGAUCACGCAGCUCUUCCAUAGGUGUCAGCGUGCGGUGCAGGCGCUACCCAGCCGGGCCCGCCGGGCCUGCUCGGAACAGGAGGAGCGGCUCCUCCGAAACGUGGUGGCCUCGCUGGCCCAGGCCCUGCAGGAGCUGUCCACCAGCUUCCGGCACGCACAGUCCGGCUACCUCCGACGCAUGAAGAAUCGAGAGGAAAGAUCCCAGCAUUUUUUUGCUACAUCAGUACCGCUGAUGGACGAUGGCGAGGAUAAUACUCUGUAUGACCGGGGUUUUACAGACGAGCAGCUAGUGCUGGUGGAGCAGAACACGCUGCUGGUGGAGGAGCGGGAGCGGGAGAUCCGCCAGAUCGUGCAGUCCAUCUCCGACCUGAACGAGAUAUUCAGGGACCUGGGAGCCAUGAUCGUAGAACAGGGUACCGUCCUUGAUAGAAUCGACUAUAAUGUUGAGCAGUCCUGUAUCAAAACUGAAGACGGCUUGAAACAGCUCCACAAGGCAGAGCAGUAUCAAAAGAAGAAUCGGAAGAUGCUUGUGAUUUUAAUAUUACUUGUCAUCAUCAUUGUCCUCAUUGUUGUCCUCGUCGGCGUGAAGUCUCACUGA